AAAAUUCAAUCAACCCCAACUACUUACCCGAGAAGCGAAAAAGACACCGGCCAAACAAUCGGAACUUGGGAAGAGAGAGACAGCUGAGCGAGUUCAAAGAUAACAAGAAGAAACUCCAAUGGCAAAUGGAUCAGUAAAAUAUGGAAUCAUCGGAGUGGGAAUGAUGGGAAGAGAACACCUCAUCAAUCUCUAUCAUCUUCGAAAUCAAGGAGUCGCCGUCGUUUGUAUCGCCGAUCAACACGACCUUUCUCAACAACUUGCCCUAAAUUUAGCAGAGUCCUUCAACUGGCCUUUAAAGGUUUUUUCAGGACAUCGAGAGCUGUUGGACAGUGGGCUAUGUGAUGUAGUGGUUGUUUCGACCCCAAACAUGACUCAUUAUGAAAUCCUAAUGGAUAUCAUCAACCAUCCAAAACCACAUCACGUACUAGUGGAGAAGCCUUUGUGCACAACAGUCAUGGACUGUAGAAAGGUUAUAGAGGCUGCUAAAAGAAGACCAGAUAUUCUGGUACAAGUUGGACUGGAGUACAGAUACAUGCCGCCUGUUGCUAAGCUAAUAGAUAUAGUUAAGUGUGGAACACUAGGACUGGUCAAGAUGGUGGCAAUCAGGGAACAUCGAUUUCCUUUCUUGGUUAAGGUCAACAAUUGGAACCGGUUCAAUUGUAACACUGGGGGGACUCUGGUGGAGAAGUGCUGCCACUUUUUUGAUCUGAUGAGGCUGUUUGUAGGUGCAAAUCCUGUUCGUGUGAUGGCUUCUGGAGCUAUUGAUGUUAAUCACAAAGAUGAAAUAUAUGAUGAGAAGGUGCCUGAUAUUAUUGACAAUGCGUAUGUGAUUGUCGAAUUUGAUAAUGGUUCUCGGGGCAUGCUCGACCUUUGUAUGUUUGCUGAAGGGAGCAAAAAUGAGCAAGAGAUCUCUGUAGUGGGUGAUAUUGGGAAGGGUGAAGCCUUUGUUCCAGAGAGUAUUGUGCGUGUGGGUACUCGAGUGGAUGGAAUAGACGGUGUCCAAACUGUAAAAGCUGAGGAUGAUCGAAUAAAAUACAACGGGCUGCAUCAUGGGUCUAGCUAUUUGGAACACCUCAACUUUUUGUCGGCAAUUAGAGCUAAAGGAAUCGAAGCACCUGCGGUAGAUCUGCAGGAUGGGUUGAUUUCAGUUGCUAUUGGAGUUGCAGCACAGCUUUCAAUAGAGAAGGGCCGAUUUAUUACAAUUGAGGAAGUCAUGGAUGACAAUAAUCUCAAGUCUUGUACAUGAGUCCUGAUUUUGGUGUUGGCUGUGCUUCUUUUGCCUUCCUUUGUUUUAGAACACAAUGAAAAAGGAAUGACAUGAAAAGCUUGCAUUCACAAGGAAAAAAGUCUGCCAAAAAAUUGCCAAACUUGAGUUGUCGGAGAUGGUCAUUGCCUUUGAAGCUGUACCAUUUUGGGACAGCAGAAAUCGCAUUCCAUGUUGUACAAGGCAUGAAAAACCGCUCCCGCCACAGAUUUAUAUAUAUAUAUAUAUAUAUCAAAUGAGACAUGUAUAUCAGUUUGAAAUGCUUGAUUGAUCUUUACAAUGCAUUCAAAUGUUUCAUCAGAUUGAAUGAAAUGGGUGAUAAGAACAACCAAUGGAACCUGUACAUGCAUUUUUCACUUGUUUGAUCAAGGGUGGAAUUUACAAUAGCUGAGAGUAUUGGCUAUUUCAAAAACAAAUGGCUAGCCUUUGACUGAAACUGUGCCUUCUGUGCCAUGGUCCUACCUUAUGACAAUAGUUUGGCUACUACAAUUAACAAUAAUCGAACCAAGCAAUGAGAACUUGUACAUGCAUUUUCAACAAAAUAGAAUUAACACCUGGAAAUUGGAAUUUGACAAGAAAAACAUUAUAAGAAUGGGAACUGUUGUACAUGCAUUGAAUAGAAUAUUGAAUUAACUCCAUUUGACAAGAACAAUAACUGCUUUGUAUAAUCUCAGUUAACAUACAACUGUGUAAUGUACUGAUACUAUAAGUCCAAAAACUUAUACACAUUGUGCAUGAAAAAAAAAAGAUAAAAAAAAGAAAAAAAAAAAAAGAGAAAAAAAGAAAAGAAAAGAAGUGCAUUUGAUAUAACAUUGGAUACACAAAAUACAAAAGUAAAUAUCAAAAUGCUACAGACAAUAUAUAGCCCAAACUGUAGCAGGCUAUCAAACUGACAAAUGUACAAUUUACAAGGCUGAAGAAAUUAAGCACAAUAGUAUACGUCAGAUCUGCCAAAUUGACCAAAGACAAGCGAAGAGAAGCAGC